UUAAUGUAAAGUUACACAACAUUACGGGUUCGGAUCUAAUAUCCACAAUCACCUCCCAAAAACCCUAAGUAUAUAUAAAUACGCAUUCAUUCACCAUUACGUGAAACCCUAGAAGAAGCAGUUCCCAAAUCAACCAUUAAACAAGGCUCUCUCAUAUUAUUAUUAAGAAGAAAUGAAGGUAAUUGCAGCUUACUUGUUGGCUGUUUUGGGUGGCAACACAUCACCUUCAGCUAAAGACUUGAAGAACAUCCUCGGCACUGUUGGUGCUGAUGCUGAUGAUGACAGAAUUCAAUUGCUCUUGUCUCAAGUUGAGGGCAAAGAUAUCACUGAGCUGAUUGCUGCUGGCAGAGAAAAAUUGGCUUCAGUACCUUCUGGUGGUGGUGCUGUUGCAGUUGCUGCCCCUGGUGGUGGAGCUGCUGCUGCAGCCCCUGCUGAGGAGAAGAAGGAAGAAAAGAAAGAGGAGGCGAAAGAGGAGUCCGAUGAUGAUAUGGGCUUCAGUCUAUUUGAUUAGAAGAAUACGAUGUUGUUCUCUCUGUAUGAUGCAGCAUUCCUUCUCCGUUUCUCCCUUGAGCUUAUUUUAGGAAGUUUCUUGCCUAGUAAUGGAUUUUGUUAUUAGUCAUCUAGUGAAGAACCUUAAUUUUGCUUUUGGAAACUUGUCUGAGGCAGAUAUUGGAAAUUUAUAAUGAUGUUGAUGUCAAAUUU